CGAGCUCUGACUUGUUGGAAGCUGUUUGUUGGAGCUGUUUACUUGUUUCCUAAUUAGGAAAUGCUGGAUGAAUAUAUUCGAUUUACAGUUUUUGGUGUUCUCAUGAAAAUAAGCAAUGGUAUAAAUAAACAUGAGUAAACAUGCUUUGGUAUAAAUGUUUCUUCUUUUCUUUGGACUCCAUUUUGUUUCUUUCUCAACCUUUCUCUUCCACUUUUCUUUGCUACCUUCGUUUCUCUGCCCUCACUUUCUUGUCGCUCUUUAAAUCACUCGCUAUCAAUCACCCACUAGACUGCAUCUCUGGAUCAUACUCACUUUGAACCACGAUUUUCUCUAGAUCACUAUGAGUAAAGCUGUUUAUAACACCAACACCAACACCAACAAUCUCAACAGAAGAACUUACAAUUUUGGUAAUUUUUCCUUUAAGAAAAAAGAAUCCACCUCAAUUAAUUCAAGUCCUAAAAACCACUCAAAAUACUCUUCAUUUCACUCGCAUUCAAAGUCUUUAAACCAAUUCAAUGCUGUGAAAUUAGACAAGUUGUUGAUACCACUUCCCAGUUUGAAUAGUGGUAUUAAAGAGGUUAAACAAAAGGACACUAAAGAACUGAAAGAAUCCAAAGAAAAUAAUAAUAAUAAUAAUAAUAAUAAUAAUAAAAAUAAAAAUAAAAAUAAACAGGUUAAGGAAAUUAAAACUGUUGGCUCGAUUCACGAAAUUCCCUUACCAAAGGGUCCCAAAAAUGUCAAUUUAGACUACACUCAACCCAGCGAUCCAAUAUCUGUGAAUUUAAUUAAUAUCAAUAAUCAAAAUAUCAAAAACCAAGUUUUAAACGAUAACAAUAACUUGCAAAUAAUCGAAAAAAGAGCUGGGUAUAAAUUGACAAGUCCAUUAAAAGAUACCUAUAAUUUAACCCAAUUAUCCAGGUUUAGUGAUGAUAAUGAUGACGAUGAUAAUAAUCAUGAUGAUGCCGAUGAUCCUGCUAUUAGACUAAUUAAUAAACAUAAACAAUAUCCCAAACACUAUCAAAUUGGAUCAAAUACUUUAUCAAUCAAUGUUCUAACUUUUAAUACCCCAAUUAUUAAUAACAAUGAGCUUAAUUUUAAAAAACAAACAUUAGCUCCUUUAAUGACUCCUUUGAUUUCUUCGCCUUCGUCGAAUAAUUCAUCUGUGGAUGAAAACGAUGAUACACCAAAUACCCUGAUCAUUUCAACUUCAUCAAUAUCUUCGUUUUCUACUACACAUACUACUAAUAUUACCAAUCCCGUCGAUACUAUUAACGAACCAAUGAAGUUCAAGAAAAAUGAAUUUAAUUCUAAUGAUAGUCAAUUACUUAAUAAAGUCAGCACUACUAUGAAAAAGAAUAAGGAUAAGAAUGAGAAUGAGAAUGAGAAUGAAAAUGAAAAUAAGAAUGAGAAUGAGAAUGAGAAUAAUAAUAAAAAUAAAAAUAAAAAUAAAAAUAAAAAUAAAAUAACAACUAGAUCAAUUUUAAGAAUGGUUGAUACCUCAAUGAUUUCUAUUUCAAGUGAUUAUGAUGAUUCAUCGAUUUUAAGUUUGAAUAAUACUACGUGUUUAUCGGAUAAAUCCAAUUCAUUUUCAUCAAGUCCUAAUAAACCAGUUAUUAACAAGAAGAAUAUAUUAGGUGAUUUAAGUUCAGAUAAUAAGAUGAAUAUUAUAAAUAAUUUAUCUGGUAAUUAUAGUAAUAGCAAGGUUAAUAAUGUUGAUAUUAAUACCCAAUUUUUUCAAACAAAGUCAUGUCAAUUUACCAAUAAUCAUAAUUCUAAGUCGUAUCUUUUUAAUCUUUGGAAAAACGAUAUAAAUUCGAAUGAAAACAUUAAUUGGUAAUGUUUUCAAGUAAAUUUCAUACAAACUUUUUUUUUCUCUUCUCUUCUCUUCUCUUCUCUUCUCUUCUCUUUUUUUUCUCUUUUCUUUUUUUUCUUAUGAUAGCGUUUUUAUGUUG